UACCAACAAAAGGACGCCGUCUUCUUCUCCCAAUCUCUCCCUCUCCUACCACAGUACCCGUGGAAACAGUAGCAUUUUACGCCUAUAUGUCCAAAUCGGAAUCAGCGCCCAGCAACCACCAUACAUUGAUCUUUGACGUAACGAAAACUAAUCUUGGAAACGGAUACAAUAAAUACAGCGGGACAUUUGUGGCACCUACAUCAGGGGCGUAUGUGUUCACUUGGACGAUCAACACAAAUCCACACGGCGCCCACUUCAUUAACUUAAUGGUCAACAAUGCCGUGGUUGGAGGGACUUUGACAGACACACAAGAUGCAAACGAUUAUGACUCUGACUCGUCUACGGUGGUGGUGUCCUUAAACAGCGGUGACAGCGUCAAUCUUCGUACCACAGGUGCGAGUGAUCGAGCGUACAUCUAUGCUGAUAUCCAUGCCUUCACGUGCUUUAGUGGAUGGAAAAUUUAGAAUGAACUUAAUGAAUAUGAAAUUAUAUAUA